AUGGAGAGCACCCAGUCUUACAUGGCCGAUGAUGGCGACUCCAAGAAGAAGAGAGGCCGCCUCAUGGGCAAGCUGUUUGGCAAGGACCGCAAGGCUGAGGAGUCGGCCAACGCUGCAUCUGUAGAUGCCUUCCUACACAGCUCUGCCGACACGCUCAACGUCUCCCAUCCGCCGCCACCGAUUCCUCCCCAGGUCUCGCUCUCGCUGCCCAAGCUGGACACCAGCAUCUCUCGCUUUCCCCAAGCACUAGCUGUCAACCAGCAGGCCCAGCAGAACCGCGCUAUAGCUCCGGGCGCCGGCAAUGACGUCCGAUCUCCAAAGCGAAGCCCACGACCGAGUCGCAAGGGCCUCUCGGUGAGGUUCACGGAAUCAUACCCCGAGGUCAUGGGCGAAGGCGGUGACGAGUCCGAGACACCAACGAUAGAGAUAUCGAGGAGAAAGAAGGACCGCCAGCAACCUCCCCCGCCGACACCGCCUCAGAGCCGGCCAAACCCACCUUCGAGCAGGCCCUCUUACUCCAACAACGACCUGUCGUCCUCCCCUGAGCCCGAAUCCAGGCCGUUGCCCAAGACGAGAACCAAUUCGUCGUUCUUGGAACCACAGAACCCUGGUAGAAACCAAUCUCCAGGCCUCUUGGGGGCCCCAGGCAACACUGAUGAGAAUAGAAAGUCCUUCAUCGAGAUUCAUCAGGCCCAGAUGGCGCUGGCUGAGGGAAGAGCCUUUGCCAAGGCUGCCCGCACCGCCAGUGCAGCAUCUGAGCAUGAUUGGGGUGAGAGGAAGCUGCCCUCAUCUCGCGAGCUAAACGAUUCCCCAGAACCUACGUCUCCCGAAGCCCAGGCCAGGCCAACUACCGAUUACAGCCCUGUUACCUCCAUGUCUACAAAUUCCAGCACUUUCCCGUCGCCGAGCAAUCCAACUGCAUCAAAGUCGUUACGUGAGAUUCCGCGACGCCCAAGCGGCAGCUCUCAAAAUGACCCUCCGCCCCGCGCUCCACCCUCCAUGGCCUCGAGAGCGCUGUCGGUUCGUGUCACAGACGCGGUAGCCGGCAGCGAAGCUCUCAAGACGUUUAUUGCCAGAAGUAGAAUGGGCUUAGAGGCAGCUAUUCGCGACCGCCCUACUACUCCACAGUCGCAGAUGCAGCUUGAACUAGACCGACAGCAGGCGCACUCCAAUCUGGCCAAGUCGUAUUGGCUCUGCCAGGAAGUUCUCCCCGACCUCGUUGAGGCUCAAGGUCUGGCGCCAGACGCUGAAGUUGCGGAUGUAGCUCAAAAUCUGGUGACGGCCCUGACGAAGCUUGCAAUCUCGAUGAAGCGAAACCAAAUCCUGCCACCAGAAGAUACCGUGUUACCGCAAACCAUUGACAAGUCUAUUUGGGUGGAAUAUCCUCCGCUGAGCCAGGAUAUGGUCGCUUUGCUGACGGGCAAUUGGGGUGGUGGCUUGACCGCAAUGCAGCACCCCAUGACCUACCUCGAGCUUCUGGACGCUUUCCCCGUGGGCGAUACGGCAGAAACGUUUUGCUAUGGCAGAUUGCCCACUGAGGUGUACCUCAUGGAGCAAGGUAGAGAGAACAAGCAGCUGCGCUUCGUCUGCAUGCUGUCUUUGGUUCGACCUACCAAGCAGAACGGCCUCAUCUUUGUGGUUUCUAGCCAGGACGGCAACAUCCAACUGCCGAUACAGGAUCGAACAAGCGCAGGCGGGCCUUGCUGGGAAGAUAUUCGUUGGAGACCUGAGACUUCGUCCUUUGACCUGCGCCUGCCUCGUGGCUUCAAGCUGUCGGUGCAGUUGACACAGAGCGACUACAGAAUGCUUUACAACAUGUACGACUACGCCUCGAAGCUUCAGCAAACGCUCCAGCCGCGGCCCGACGAGCAGGUGGUAUUCCGAAACACACUCAAGUCCUUUCAGUACCUGGAUGCGGACCCCAACUCCCGAGCAUUCCCCAAGGAUCAGAUACCUUCUUGUGACCUAGCCCUCUUCGAAAAGCUCCGCAAGGAGAAUGGACCACAGGGACAACGAUGCUGGCACACUGGGCUCCGCAUAGCAGUUGUGACAGGGCCAAAGACGAGGACAGCGUGUGGAGUGUCCCACACUUAUCCUCCGCCAUUGCCAGUGCAGUUUGGAUUCUUCAGAGCUGAGGGAGACUUACCUGCCUUUUCAGUCAAGUUUGAAAAUGGUCGACAAAAAGGCCGGAUGGUAAUGGUGUUUAGCGACGAAAAAGAACGCGCUCGCUUCCAUUCGCUGCUCACUGGCACGUCUAUAGAGCCCGGCGAGAAAGUCUUUGCCGACGUGCCAAUUACCAGCGUUACCAUUGCCCAAAGCCUUCGCGAGCCACUUGGCAUGGCACCCUUUAGCCGGCUGCAGUGGAAGGCCGGCAGAGUCGUAAAUGACGAGUACGGUAUCGAGGGAGAUGCGGCUCCCACGGUCCUUGCAGACAGGCUGAGGAUUGUCCUGGAGCAUCAGUACGGUACCAUCACAGACAGAAUCAACGUCGAGCCCGGGGAGCUGCGGAUGCGCCUGGAGGUCAGCAACGCCAAAGUGCUCAAGUUCCUUCGCCAACCACAGCAGGACAUGACAAUUGCAAUCGCCGAAUCGCAAGUGGGCAAGGACGUGCCGCGAAAUAUGUGGGACUCGCUGCAGCUCAUCAAAAUGAACCAGACAAUACGAUCCAUCGAGUUCAACAGCCUCAAGGACCUCCAUGCUUUCCAAUACGCAGUCUUCGGCUUUGAAGUCGUUUUCGAUGCGCUGGCAGUCACGUUUGCCAUUGCGCGGCGUCGCAUGGUUGUGCCCAUUCACAAGAAGUGGGAGGCAGGAUAUACAAGAAUUCAGGUCAUUAAGCAAGAAGACAAGCAGCUGCAGCUACUGGCAUUCUUCGAAGAGUUCAGCCACGGGCACUGCAUGAAUUUUGUGCUCAAGGGCACUGAUCUUUACGAGGCUUUCCAUAGAGGCAGCAAGUCAGGUAUUCGGUUUGUCGAUGCCAAGUUUCCGCUCCCGCGGCUGCCGGCCGACAAAGACGGGGACUACGACGACAUGGCCUUUGUCUGCCUAGAUCUGCCGGAUCUGCCGGGCGAGCACGACGAUAUCUCCAUCAUGUUUGAAAACGAAGAAGAUCGGGAUCGCCUUGCCCAAUGUCUUCCGGCCCCUAUCAAGGGUUCUUCGAGGAUAUCACGAAUGAAGUGA